AUGAGCACCCCAAAUCAGCCAAGUCUCCUGCGGCCGGACGUAGCGGAUGAAAUGCGAUCACAAUUGUCCACCUCCCCUCCCCGAGGAAAAGAAGUGGAUGAUAUUCCGGACGGCAUUGAAGAGGCAAAUUUGUCUUAUGGGGCGCUAAUUGAAGAUCAAGACGAAGCGCAAGCUGCUCUCCAACCAGCCAUCAGCGCUGCAGCCAGCCAUAUGACCUCUGCUCAAACUCCAGCGGCGGAGAAGGCAGCAGCUCUUGAACGUGUGCCUGGGGGCGGCUAUUUUGGUAGCGCCAUCACCGAGGGCGAUGAAGAAGAAGAAAGGGAAAAUGACCACACUCUGGAUGUUGGGACGCCAUCUCAGACAACGAAAAGUUCCCGGUUAAGAGAUGUGGUGGUGGCUCAUGGCCAGGUCAUGACCGAAUCUAGCUCUCAGGCGGCAGAUCAAUUGCCAAUGCCUGCACCUUGGGUGUCAAGUCUGAAAGAUUCCAUCAUUGACAAGGAUACCACCCGUUCACGUCAAGCCCGAGGGGUGCUUGGAUCUGCAUUCGGCCCGACGAGACAACAUCGUUCACGAUCCGCGGGGCAAGAAGCUCUAAAGAGGCUUCAAAAAGCAUUCCCAUCACUUGCCGGUCACGGCAAUCUCUUGCCUUCCUUGCCAACUUCUUUCCUGUCUAGCUUCACAGGCGAUCACAAACAUAACCUACAUCAAGGCGCCGCGGCAAAUCGUCGUCGUCCUCGAUCUUUUACACUGAUGCAAGCAUCCAACACCAACACCGCCCCCCGUGUCAGAUACUAUGCAGAAAGACAACAGAAUGACGCAUACGCGCCACUGCCUUCUGCUAUAUCAAGGACUGGUUUAUCCUCCAAUCCACGGCCGCGGCCUCCCGUGCUGCGUCGCGUUACCUCCGACGAAAGCAUUCUCUACCACAGCUUGUCAAGACAGUCUUCCUUGGGAGACGACAACAGAUUUAGCGAUGUCCGAGAAAUGGUCAACAUCCGGUUCAUGGCCAUCAAGGAUAGCCUCCCAGAAGUACCCAAUUUCAAGAUGCCCAGUUUUCCCCGCUUGCAGGCGGCGUCCCGCAUGUCAUCGAUUUCUCUAAACGGGUUGUUUUCGAGCCAAACUGAAGAAACUACACUGAAUCGAAAAAGGCCAGAUGUCGUUGGAGACCUGUCCACCAGCCAAUCGAGUCCGAUUCCUCUCAAGGCAAGCUCCUCUCCGACGAUAGAUGGUGUUCUGGAAGACCUGACUGGUGAUCUAGUUAUCUUGGGUGGCUAUCGCGGCUCCGUGCUACGAUCAGCAGAGCCACCACACCAGCAACUUUGGGCUCCAGUCAAACUGGGCUUCAACAUGCGCAAAGCAAACCUAGAAGUAGGAUUGGAAGAUGAGGAUGAAGAGACCAUGGAGGAACGAAUCACUCCUUCGGGCAUGCUCAAACAUGUGGGCCCGGUAGAUAUUUCACGAAAGCUUUUCAGGAAGUUGCGGUCCUCUCCAAAUGUACGCGAUGGAAGUCUUCGAGUAUGGGACUACGGGUAUGAUUGGCGACUGAGCCCUGCCUUGUCAUCAAAGAAAUUGCAGGAGUUUCUGUCAAGGUUGCCGUCUAAUCUGCCCGGGACAUCGCGAGAGUCUCGCGGAGCUUUCGUCAUCGCGCACAGUCUAGGUGGACUCAUUACAAGACAUGCCGUUAACCUCCAGCCACAUCUUUUUGCGGGUGUGCUCUACGCUGGAGUUCCUCAGAGAUGUAUCAACAUCCUAGGGCCGUUCCGCCAUGGUGACGCAGUCCUUUUCAAUGAGAAGUUGCUCACCGCCAAAGUCAAUUUCUCGAUCCGUACAUCAUUUGCACUGCUCCCUGAUGAUGGCUUCUGCUUCAUCGACAAAGAAACUGGAGAGCCGUAUCCAGUUGACUUUUUCAAUGCCGAUGAUUGGGUCAAAUGGCGUCUCAGUCCCUGUGUGGCACCAGCCCUACCUGCAUAUAGCCGUGCGAAACAGCAGGGAUUGGUAUCGCCAUUGUCUUCCCUGUUCCCGAAUUCACUUCUCAAAACAAAGAAGGCGUCGGAUGCUCAUGAGACUCGGAACGUUGUUCCUGCCCCGGGCGAGACCCACUAUCACGGUGCCGCUCCGCUCCCAUCUCCGCCUCGUUCACCGUCGCCUCCCUCAGGCACUCGGAAUACAGUGACGACAGAUCAAGAACGACAUCUGAAGUAUCUCAGGCGGACGCUUGCCGCUACCCGUAAGUUUCGGUCUGAGCUUGCACACUCUGAGGAGCUCGAGUCAUCCAAUGCGUAUCCGCCACACGCCGUUUUGUACGGAAAGACAAUUCCGACAGUAUACGCAGCCCAAGUCGCAGGGCGGGAGGCAAUACCUUGCGCAGAUGCCUAUGACGAUUUAGUUUUUCGGCCUGGAGAUGGGGUGGUUCUCGCACGAGAAGCAAUGCUGCCUGAGGGGUAUUCUAUUGUCCGUUCGGGCAGAGUCAGUACGGAGAGAGGCCACCUUACGAUGCUCGGAGACCUGCCAGCAGUAGGCCAAGCUCUCGGGGCACUCGUCCGGGGUCGUCGGAAAGGAAUUGGCAUUCAACAUGAAAAAACAGUCACAUAG